AUGCCCCUUCCAUUGGCUCUUCAGGCUCGGUUAGCCAAGAGAGGAAUUCUGAAGCAUGUGGAAACAGAGCCAGCAGAAGAGGUCAUCGCGGAAGAUUAUGAUGAUGAUAAUGUAGAUUAUGAAGCAACCCGGAUAGAGAAUCUUCCUCCAAACUGGUACAAAGUGUUUGACCCAGACUGGGGCUUACCUUAUUACUGGAACGUGGAGACGGAUAUGGUGUCAUGGUUGUCUCCGCAUGAUCCCGGUGCUAUUAUCAGCAAAAGCUUAUCCAAACACAAAGAAUCUGAGGAAAGGUCGGAGAGGUCUGAGAGGUUGGAGAGGUCUGAGAGGUUGGAGAGGUCUGAGAGGUUGGAG